UUCAUCCAAUUCCAAUUUCAAAGUCAGAUCCAACAAAUCUUCUUCUUCGAUCAUCAUGGCCACUAUCAAGGUUCACGGAGUUCCCAUGUCCACCGCCACCAUGCGCGUCCUCGCUGCUCUCUACGAGAAGGAUCUCCAGUUCGAGCUCAUCCCCGUCGAUAUGAGAGCCGGUGCCCACAAGCAAGAGCCCUACCUUUCCCUCAACCCCUUCGGUCAAAUUCCUGCUCUCGAGGACGGUGAUUUGUCGCUUUUCGAGUCAAGAGCCAUCACACAGUACAUAGCUGAGGAAUACAGUGAGAAAGGUGAAAAGCUUCUCUGCCCAGGCUGCAAGAAAGUGAAGGCAACCACCAACGUUUGGAUUCAAGUCGAAGGUCAACAGUUUGACCCUAACGCCUCUAAGCUUGCCUUCGAGCGUGUCUUUAAAGGCAUGUUCGGUAUGACCACGGACCCUGCCGCUGUCCAAGAGCUCGAAGGUAAGCUCCAGAAAGUCUUGGAUAUCUACGAGGCUAGGCUCUCCAAAUCUGAGUUUUUGGCUUGUGAUUGCUUCACUCUUGCUGAUCUUCACCACCUCCCAGCCAUCCAUUACUUGAUGGGCACUGACUCCAAGGUGCUCUUUGACUCUCGCCCUAAGGUUAGCGAGUGGGUUAAGAAGAUCACUGCCAGGCCUGCUUGGGCUAAGGUUAUUGACCUCCAGAAGCAGUAGUGAGGCCUCUCUCAUUCUUCGCUUCUUUUGUUUUCCUUUUGUCUAAAUAAACGAGUCCAGUGAUU